AUGUCUACCCGCGAGUAUCCCAAAGUGUGGAGUAAUUUUGAAAGAAAUGUGGAAGACGGUAGAAUGUUAAAAUUCGAAAUAGAAGACAUUCCAGAAAGUAUGUGGAGUACGGCCGUGGAGUUUAUGCUCGGCAACUAUAUCCGUGAAGAUGUGUGGUGGAAAGCUGCUGGCACAGCUUUGGAUUUAGAGGCUGUACAAGAAUACCGCGUGCUGCUGACAUCGAUCAUUAGGCAGAAAAUGAGCGUAGCGUGCUUCCUCGCUGAAGGAGACGGCUCAGGACGCACACUUGUCGCUGUAAACAUGUGCUUGCCGCAGGAAAAAGGACGCUUCGUUGAACACAGGCCGCCAAAGUCCAAACCGGGCUUAUUAUCUCUACGAAUGUUCGCCGAGGCCAUGAAAGUGACAGCGAUUUAUGAUAAAUACAACGUGAACACGUACCUUAUGGGAGCUGGUUUGUCUGUCGCACCCGAAUACCGAGGUCUGGGCAUCGCAGUAGAAUUGCUUAAGGCCAGAAUAAACCUCUCAAAGGAUCUGGGCUUCCGUGCAACAGGCGGCAUAUUUACAAGUGCAAAAGCGCAGAGAGCUGCAGAAAAAGCAGGAAUGGAAUGUUUGUACCACAUCUCAUAUAAGAAAUUUGGAAAGAACUGCCAUAUUGUAUUUGAUUCGGACGCGGAGGACUUGAAGAUAUACGCUAUACGAACUGAAUAA